UACGGCGCAACCUACAUUGCUCGCACCCCCCACCAACCACUGAUUCCCGAGUCGAUGGCUGUAGACGCCCCGAGUUGCAUCCUCGACUGCCUUGUUGCUGAGCAUUUUGAUGGCCAAAGUGGAACCGAGGCUCGUGACGGCCUGUCCGGGUUCC